UUUUGCCGACAUCAGGGGCCUUUCCCACUCCCAAAUCACUAGACUCUAUAAUGCCUCCCAAGAAAGCGAAAACCCAAAGGCCGUGGCAAGAUAUCGCUGCGGAAGCCCAGGACUAUCGUGCAUCCACCAUUUCCCAGCUCUCACCACCACCACCGAACAUCCCAGAAGAUCUUCCAAAAGAUGUCACGUCUGUUCCUGCGAAAAUCCUUGACAAGAGCAUACUUUCAAUCACCAAUCUAGCCGUGGAAGAGUUGAUCAGUUUACUCAGCAGCGGCCAGCUGUCCGCCGUCGAGGUUACCAAUGCAUUUCUCCAGCAGGCGGCAGUGAGUCAAGGACUCGUCAACUGCAUUACCGAACUCCUCACCUCGCAAGCUAUCAAACAGGCCCAAGACUUGGAUGAUUACUUCGCAGAGCAUAAGCGUCCUACUGGUCCUCUACACGGAUUGCCCAUCAGCGUCAAAGAGCACAUCGGCUUUGAAGGUCUCCGCUGUACGACGGGAUAUGUGUCGAGUUGGGACCGAAUCGCAAAGGAGGAUGCACAUGUCCUCCAGAUACUGCGUGAUGCGGGUGCGGUGUUCCACUGUCGAACGACUGAACCACAGACCAUGAUGCACCUGGAGACGGAUUCCAACUUGUACGGUGUAACAAACAAUCCGUAUAACAGGAACGUAACAUCAGGAGGUAGCUCUGGUGGAGAGGGUGCCUUGAUUGCACUGCGGGGUUCUUGCCUGGGCAUUGGUUCAGAUGUCGGAGGUUCCAUUCGCAAUCCCGCAGCUAAUUGUGGUAUCUAUGGAAUCAAACCGACAGCCUUUCGCAUCCCAACUGAUGGGUGGGGAUAUACCAUGGCGGGCGCAGACGCGAUUGACUCUGUACUGGGGCCCUUGUCGAGUAGUCUAUCCGGCUUGAAACUGUUUAUGAAAACCGUGAUUGAUGCGCAGCCAUGGCUGACAGAGCCAGCAAUUGUUCCUAUGCCUUGGCGCGAGUUUACAGUCCCAAGCUGCCGUCCACUACGUAUAGGUGUGCUUUGGCACGAUGACAUUGUGCGACCGCACCCGCCCAUCACCCGUGGUCUGAAGAUGGUCACAGAACAACUGAAGCAGCAUGGGGUUGAGGUAGUGGACUUUCCAGCGCAUCUUCAUGACGAAGCGUGGGCCAUUAUAGCGUCGCUCUACUUCCCUGAUGGCGGUGCGUGGGAUAUAGAAGCUAUUGAGUCAUCUGGCGAGCCCUUCCGACCCCUAUCCGCAUUCAUUCUCAAAGAAAACGAGAUUGUGAAGGAGCUGUCUACCGGCGAGCUUUCGUAUUGGCUCGAGGAGCGCGAGGUGUACCGCAAAGAAUACGCGUUGCACUGGAACAAAUUCGGCAUCGACGCCUUACUUUGCCCCGUUGGUCCCGGUGUGGCACCCAAACAUAACACGGCCAAGUAUUGGAGCUACACUUCGCAGUGGAAUUUGCUGAAUUAUCCAGGCGUUGUGUUUCCGGUCACGCGUGUGGACAAGAACCAAGAUGUUCUAGAGAAGAAAGGAAAACCGCUGAGCGGGCUUGAUAAAAGCAAUCGAGAUUUGUGGGAUGCAGAAGAAUUUCAUGGGCUGCCGGUGAGCUUGCAGUUAGUUGGAAGACGGUUUGAUGAUGAAAAGAUUCUCGCCAUUCUUGAACAUUUCAUCGAGUUGAUAGGGCUGCCUAUGAGCAAUCUGGAUGGCGAAGCUUGA